UUACUUGGAAAAACAAAUAAAUGCCAAAGAUUUUGAGAAACUUUAUGGACAUCAAUUAAAAAUCAAGUUAUUUGUUACAAAAGCAAGAAAAAAUGACCACCACAACGUUAUCCACUUUGGCAACGUUUGAUGACUUGAGACGCUGUGUUCAGGUUUUAAUAGAUGGCUCUGCCGAAGAGGAAUUUCUCAAAAUUCUACAGCUGCAAGAAAAAAUGCAAUUGGAGUGCCUAGCUAGGGCCCACGAAGCACAGCGGAUACAGCGUGAGUUAGAUGCUUCCUUGCAGUCCAUGGCGGAUUUAGAAACCAAACUAUUCCACGCCCGACGUUUGCUGGAAAUGGAAAGUAAGGCUCGCAAAGAGGCCGAACAUGAAAGGGAUCUAAUGGAGAAGAAAAUUGUGGCCGUUGCUGAUCUAUUGCAACAUGAGAAUAAUUUAAAAAAUGAGACCAAAGAUAAGUUGGCCUUUUUAAAUACCUUGCCCAGAAAGAGAAGAUCUAAAUCUUUAAAUACCCAUUUAGAGGAAAAGUAUGGCAAUGACAUAAAUUCCACGGGUAGUUUUUUGUCAGAUUUGUCGAUUACCCAAUCGGAAGAUGAUUUCCUAGAUAUACGUCCGGCCAGAACCUUGCCCAGAAGUAAAAGAAGUCGCUUAAGUAAUGCUGCAAGUAACACGCCUAUGGAUAAUCCACGUACUAGCAGACGCUCGACUAGACGCAGCAAUGCCGGCAUUCAAAAACAUACCAUUGAUACCGAUUUGGGAACGGAAAGGAUUUGUGCUACUACCAAGGUUACCAUACCACAAGAUGGUAAUGGUGCCAUACGUGCAGAAUCUACCAUAGAAACUGUACCGGUUAUAGUACACCAACAAGAUAUACCUGAUGAUUUAGUGUGUUUAGGAGAGGGUCCUUGUUCAACACCUCGCAAAUCACCAUACAAACAGGCCACAGCUCCACCAAUGACUCCGGCUAAUGCCAAUAUGGACUCACCCAUGAACCAACACAACUUGAGAUCAGCGGGAACAAUGAAACGUCAACACAAUUUUGUUAGUAAGACAUUUAUAAGAGCUGAAAUGUGCACACAGUGUCAGAAGAAAAUACGUUUUGGUUCGGUUGGUUUACGUUGCCGGGAUUGCACGGUACGCUGUCAUACAGAUUGUCGGCCUUUGCUUACGAUCAUGUGUAUGCCCUCCACGGGUACUCCAGUUUUCAAAGGUCUUAUGGGUUAUAUAACUGAUUAUGCUCCCUCGGUGGCGCCACUUAUACCUGCCCUAAUUGUACACUGUGUCAAUGAAAUCGAAUCUAGAGGACUCAAUGAGGUGGGCAUUUAUCGUGUCUCUGGCUCUGAACGUGAAAUCAAGGCAUUGAAAGAUCGCUUUUUACGCGGCAAAUCACCUCCACACCUAGCCAACAUUGAUAUUCAUGUGCUGUGUGGUUGCAUUAAAGACUUUUUGCGUUCCCUACGUGAACCUCUCAUACCAACAAGUCUGUGGAAGGAUUUCUGCAAUGCUGUUCAAAAUCCGUCCGAGCAAGAUAUACAAAAAGAUUUAUAUAAAGCAGUCGAUGCAAUGCCACAGACCAAUCGUGAUACUUUGGCUUUUCUAAUACUACACUUUCAACGUAUUGCUGACUGUCGUGAAGUGCUGAUGCCUUUGGAUAAUAUUGCUCGAGUAUUUGGUCCAACUAUAGUGGGUUAUUCCUCCCCAGAUCCAGAUCAACAUGCCAUAUUCACUGAAGUCUAUACACAAUAUAUGGUAAUGUUGAAUUUAUUGAAAAUCCCCUUUGAGUAUUGGUCACAGUUUGUGUCGUUGGGUGAGGCAAAGGAAAAUUAUCAAAGUGCUUCGACUUUAACCCGAACACCAAGUCAUAAUAAAGAAGCUGUUUUUUCUUUAUAUGCCACUCCUAUGAAAUCCACCCUGAAAAAACGUAAAUUUUAUGAUUAAACUCUUUUUUUAAAAGGUUUUAAGAACCACUACUUUAAACAUGACUUAACUUUAACUAUAUUUAAGAAAUUUAUAUCAGCUUAAUUUAAAUAAUUUACACAAUAUAGUAUUAUAUUAUUAUAUGUUGUUUAUUAAUCACAACUUAUCUCCUAAGUAUUCAAUUUUGGCAUAUUUGGUUUAUUUUUAUACUGAACUAACUUUUAUUUUUCUAUUUUUAUCAACUUAUUAACAUACCUUCUAUCUCUCACACACACUUUGGAGGUUUUUUGGAUUUUUCUGGAAUAUUGUUUUAAUUUUUUUAUGGCAAAGUAAAGGAUUUUUGCUGAAUUUUUUUGUAACAUUUUUUUAUAACAUCCAUUUUUGAAUUUUUGGUUUAUUUUGUUUAAAUAAAACUCAAUUAAUUCACAAAGAAUAGUAAUUACCAA